CAGAACCAAAUCCAAAUUUUUCAAAUGGCUUCAGCCUUCAUAAACCGAUAGGUCACGUGACGGGCGUGCGCUAGUCCUGUAUGAAUAGAAGUGUAACCGACUGAAACAAAUGGGAGGAGAGAUGAUGAAGAAAGGUGUGAGCAGGGAGAGGGAGGAAGCUAUGGAGAAGAUGACGGAGAGGCUAUCGUGUAAAGACAACCUUUAUUUUCCAAGAGCAUUGGAAGCCACAGCCACGACUCCUCCACAACGGAAAUCCAUCCUCCUCGACCUCCUCUCUCGCGACCCCGCCGUCUUCUUAGAGAGAUAUGGAUCGCAAUUGACCUCUGAUGAGCUCAGGGAGUUCGAUUCUUUGAAAGAUGACUAUGAGGUCUGUUGGCACUUGAAGCACAUCCGGAGUGUAAUGAGUCCAACUUCAGAGGAGUUAAAAUCAAGGUCAGUGUCUGUGAAGAACCGAAGACGGGCAUAUCUAAAUAAGUUGAUUUAUGAUGGGCAGUACUUUUCGGAGGAUGCUAUGAGGGAGAGAGAACCAUAUUUGCAUCACGAGUAUGUGGGGAGGUUUCAGGAUCCUAGUGGGAGAAGUAUGGCAAGGCCGGGGGAGCGAUGGUCAGAAACAUUGCUCAGGCGGUCAGAGGAAGCGAUGUUGGUUGCAAAAAUCAGAGGGGAGCAGCAGAGGUUGGGCGUUGCUGAGAGGGACUGGGUUGGUAAUGAGAGGUCCCAGCAAGACGAAGAAGAAGAGGAGGAGGAGGAAGAGGAAGAGGAAGAGGAAGAGGAGGAGGAAGAAGAAGAAGAGGAAGAAAAAGAAGACGAAAAGCAGGCUGGAAAGGCUAGUAGGGUUUCAGAUUCGUCCAGGGUGGUCAUGGAUCAUGAUGGCCUAGUCAAUGGCAGCCAAUCCUCCGAUAUGGAGUCUAACCAAAAAGCAACUCUAUCUGCAGUGGAAAUGCAAGAUCAGAUGGACCAAUUCACCCACAUUAUGCAUCAGAAAUUUCUGUCAGGUGAAGAUCGUGAUUAUCUAGACUACUCAAAAAUAGAUGAUGAUGAAACUUUGGAUGAUCACUGGCUAAGAGAGGCGAACUAUGAUGCUGAGGAUAAGUACUUUGCUGAAGAUGAAUGAAGAAUAAUGGUAGCUUCAAUUAACCAGUCCUUACAUGCUCCUUUUUCUCAAAGGGUGAGUUAUACUCUUCUGUAAUUAUCAAAUCCAAAGUUCAUUUGUUGCUCAUGUACUUAUGUGACCAGCACUUUCUCAAAGAUGCCUGCUAUUCUCCAAUUGGAGAUUCUGAUUCUGCA